UAUAUCUGUCAAAUACUGUUCGGAUGUCAGUCACUUUCAAGUUAAUUAAUCAUGAAGACGUUGAUCGCAUUCUUAGCCCUUGGGUUCGUAGCCGUUAUGGCCGGCCCAUCGGUUCCGCAGAGAAUCGUCGGCGGUUCAGUUACCACCAUCAACAACUAUCCCACAAUUGUAGCGUUGUUGCGAACCCGGGACUGGAGUCAGUGGUUUCAAUCCUGUGGCGGCUCCAUCAUUAAUAGCAGACACAUUCUCACGGCCGCCCACUGCCCGCAUGGACAUGCUGUAGGAAUAUGGCGCGUGCGUGUCGGUUCCACUUGGGCUAACAGCGGUGGCGUUGUCCACAAUGUGGAUCGUCAUACCAUUCACCCUCAGUACAACGACAGAAACCUUGAUAAUGAUAUUGCUAUUUUGCGCCUCGCUUCCACCAUCGCAUUCAACCAGAAUGCUCGUGCUGGUGACUUUGCUGGCCCCAAUUACCAUGUCGCAGACAACCAGGUGCUAUGGGUUGCUGGAUGGGGUCUUACACAGUACAGAGGAAACCCUUCGGAGCAACUGCGACACGUUGAAGUACGGUCCAUCAAUUUGGAAGUCUGCAGAGAUAGAUACCGUCGUGCCUUCCCACCCCGCACAGUGACUGACAACAUGUUAUGCUCCGGCAUUCUUGACGUCGGGGGUCGCGACGCUUGCCAAGGAGACUCCGGCGGUCCUGUCUACCACAACGGGGUUAUUGCUGGCAUUACCUCCUGGGGUGAACGCUGUGCUGAUCGUCGCUUCCCCGGUGUCAACGUUCGUGUCCAGCGUUAUCCCGUUUGGAUCCGAAACAAUUCUUAAAAAUAGAUCUAUUAUAACAUGAUUAUUAAAUUCCUUCAUACUUGGUA